CUUGGGAAUGACCAGGCUGGUGUGUUGUAGCCUGUUGCCCCAGGAGGGGCCUACCUGGGGUCUUAGGUGUGGGCUGAAGGAGCCAGAGGCAGCUUCUGGUGUGGGGCAGAGCUUCCUGCGUUUAAUUUCAGGAGACCUGGUGAUGGUUUUGUGUGGCCCGUGCUCUGCUUUGCAAACACUUCCAGGAUUUUCCAUCUAGGGAGAUGGAGGAGAAAGUGGAAACGUUGACUGAGAACAGUUAAACUUCUGUCCAUUUGAACCUUUUUGUUUAUUCAAAUCAUGCCCAAACUAGAUGGUUUUGAUCCAUCUACAGAUAAGAGAUGCUCUGGAAGAGGAAGGAGUGACGGGAAGUGGCAUUUCGCCUUUUUUUGAAUGAAGAAAGUGGAGGAGAAAAACAUUUUUUGAUGAGAGAGACAUCUGGGAGGGUGACAGGGCCAGUAGUGGAUUUGUGCUAGGAUCAGGGGGCAAUGCCCUCCAUGUUCUCCUGGAAUGCUCCCACUGGCACCCCCACCAUCCCGGCAUCCCUCUGGGCGGUGUCUGAGCCAACUGCAGGUGCUGCUGAGCCCUGAUCCUCUUAGGGCCCCGCUCAUCCGGCGACCAGGUGUGCAGAGCAAAGGCGACCUUGUACCUGCGGGCAGGAGGGCUCUGCCUGCCUGGCUGCCACCAACCAGCCUUGCUGUGCCAGCCUUCUCUGCAUCCUGGCAAAGCAGCUCCUCCCUUGGUCCUGCGGGACAGCCGUGUCCCAUGGGAGCAUCCCGAGGGCAGGGGGCACAAACCUGCCUUACAGGACCAGUUGAGCGGAUUUAUGGAAGGCGUUGAAGCGCUUCGGAGCUUUACCUUCGCCGCAGGAGCGUUUUGGGGCCGAGCUGCCGAGCGUCCCGCCGUGCCUGCCGGCGGGCUUUGAAGUGGAGCCGGGAAUAUAAAUAGCUGGAUGGCGCGGCGCGAUGGGCGCAAAGCUGCUAGCAAGUACAACUCCCAGUACCACAAGCUGUUCAAGGACAUCCCGACGGAGGAGAGCGUGCUGAAAGUUUGCUCCUGCGCGCUCCAGAGAGACAUCCUCAUCCAGGGAAGGCUUUACAUCUCCCCCAACUGGCUCUGCUUCUACGCAAACCUUUUUGGGAAGGACAUUAAGGUGGUGAUCCCAGUGGUGUCUGUACAGCUGAUAAAGAAGCACAAGACGGCUCGGCUGCUGCCCAACGGCCUGGCCAUCACCACCACUGCCAGCAGAAAGUACAUCUUCGUAUCCCUCAUCUCUCGUGACAGCGUCUAUGAUGUCCUGAGGAGAGUCUGCACCCACCUGCAGGUUUCCAGUAAGAAGAGCUUGAGUCUGAAGGAGCUGUCGGAGGAGCCGGACUCUGUGUCACUGGAGGUGAUCGUCCCCGAAGGCAAGUGGAGGAAGGUGUCACCUACCUCACUGUCACUGUCACUGCCAGAUGCCAACUACCAGUGCAUCCACCGGACCUCUGUCAGCAGCCUGAGCACCAAGGAGAGCUCCUUCACCUCUGAGGAGCCACUGGUUUCAGAAAGUGCAAUAAAUACCGAGGAGGAGCUGGAGGUGGAGCAGAGCUGCGUGGCAGAGCUGAGACCCUCUGACUACCAGCUCCUGAAGAUCUUCAUCGUGCUCAUCUGUCUCCUGGUCGUGUCCUCCUCGUACCUGGCAUUCCGCAUCUUCCGUCUGGAGCAGCAGCUCUGCUCUCUGAACCGGGAUUACCUCUCCCGUGGGCACAGGAGGUGACCGUUCCCCAGGUGCUGGCUGAGGAUGGACGCUGAGGUGGUGGCACCCUGCCCACGGAUCCCGGUGCUGUGUCCUCCCAACCGUGGCUGUUACAUUUGAUCCAGCUUUCCCUCGGCUGGUAAAAUGGGACCAAGUAUUUUCUCUCUUCUUUGGGCACUUGCUCCUGAUGGGACUUUCCAGCCAGGUUCUGGCCACCAGUGCCAACUCCCCAUCCCACUGGAAACCUGUUUUCUCCCGGGGACACUGCUGUGCUGUAGCACCGGACAAUGGCUCGGGGCUGCCAAGCACUUGGACCUUCCUUUAGGACUUGCUGCUGAGGUGGAGGCUGGUUUUUAUUUCAGGCUUGGUUUUUUCUUGCUAAAAGAUGACCUUGGGCUCACCAGAAACCCCCAGAAACGUGGAUGAGUUGCCGCUGCUGCUCUGGGAGAACCCAUCUGUUUGUCCCUCAGUAUCCCUGGGAAUGUCCCUGGAGGAAUGGCCCUGAACACAGGGAUCUGUGAGGAUGGGGAGAAAGGGCCCACUAGCCUGUGGGGUGUCAUUUAUCACACACACAAGGGUGGGCGUACAAGGCAGGGCUCCCCAGCCCUUCUCUCCUGAGCACCGGGCUCAGAGAGGGGGGUGUGUGUGUGCAUCCCUUGCAAAGCACUUUAAGGUCCCCCAGACCAGGUGUCCUCGCUGGGGUUCACACCUGGCACAGAUGAACUUUGUUAGUCCUGCUCACCCCCUGAGGACGCUGGAAAGGAGCCCACGGCUGGCACUGGGGAAUGUCCCGGAGUGCAGCAUCUGUGCCCUAGUUCCUGUUAACCUUGUCACCGCAUGGAGCUGAGUGCUGCAGGAUCUGUCUCACAGGAUUUGUCCCUCAGCCCCCUGGGAGCACCCUGGGGUGACAGGUGGUACAGGUGUGAUUCCUUUCUUUCCUGUUUUUUUGGGAACUACAAGUGCUGACGGGGCCAAAUCCCGGCGCCCUGGGGAAGAGCUCACUGCUCGCUCCGGGCUUGGAAUGGCUUUUAAAUGGAAUUACAAUAAACCCAGGAUUUUCUAGCA